AAUGGUUGCGCUUUGCAACGUAAACAAAAUCGCGUAUACUUUCUCGAGCUGCGUGAUCAUGCGUGAUGUCAAUUUCAACAUCUACGGUGGCUGACUUAUUACCUUUUCGGUAAACCUUUGAAUCGGUAAGACAUGAUUAGGACGAAUUACGACGAGUGUACGGAGCAGUGAUUUUAUAUGUCCAAUGUGAGAAAUACGCAGAACGAGUUAUCUGUACAGUUAGAUCCGUGCUCUAUGUCUUUUCGGAAAAAGAGAUUUUAUAUCUACGAGGUGGAGUGUUUUUUACUUCGAUAGCCUUCACAACGAAGAAAUAAAGGAGUAUUUAAAUCACGCUGAAAGCAGUAAUAACGAGAAUGGCUGGCCAACAGCAUCCGUUCCCAUCUGGUUUCUCCAAUGCACAGCAAUCUGCUAUGCGAACACAGUUCGGCGGAGGACAAAUGGUUUCCGGAUUAAUGGGUCCGCAACAAGGUGGAAUGGUAAGCCCUCAGUUUGGGGUUGGGGUAGGCGUAGGUGGAGUUGGCUCGAAUACUAUGGGAAUGACCAGUGCCCAACAAGUUCUGGCGCAACAGCAGCAACAACAGCAAUCCGUUGCCAUGCAACAGCAAAUGCAACAGAUUCAACAGCAGCAACAACAACAAAUGCAGUUGCAGCAGCAGCAGCAAGCUGCUCUUGUGCAACAGAACAGCCAAGGUGGUAAUCAGGCAACCACUUCGCAGACGCCAGUUCCUCCGACGCAACCUCCUACUCAGCAACCACAGAACAAGGACUUCAACACUGCCAGUUUAUGUAGAUUUGGACAGGAAACUGUUCAAGAUAUUGUCAGCCGAACAUUGGAAGUCUUUCAAACAUUGAAAGUUCUUCAACCACCAAAUGGUACGGCUCAAGGAGUGAGUACGACAAACGAAAAGAAAGUGAAAUUCCAAGAACAAUUGAGGACGCUUAAAUUAUUAUUUAAACGAUUAAGACUGAUUUAUGAAAAGUGUAACGAAAACUGCCAACUGCAAGGAAUGGAGUACACCCACAUAGAAAGUUUAAUACCUCUAAAGGAAGAAUGGGACAUGAAAUCUGAUGAAAAGAAGACAUCGGAAACUUAUCGACUUGCAUGUGAAGAAAGCAAAGAAAUAAUGGAGCAAGUGGUAUUGAAAAAUCGACAUCUGAAGGAGAUAAUCGAUCACCUCAGACGUAUAAUUUCAGAAAUCAAUACAAUGUUGAAUAUGCGCCGAUCUUAGGUAAUGAAGUGUACAUAACUUAACAUUAAAGAUAAUUUAUGAAAUUAGAUAAAUAUAUUAUAGGUAAAUAUAGCUCUUGAGAAUUA